AUGACAAACUACAACGUCUCCAUCGUCAGCGACACCGUCUGCCCCUGGUGCUAUGUAGGAAAGAACCGCCUCCAAGUCGCCAUCGACACCCACAAANAGACCUUCCCCAACGACACAUUCACCACAACCUGGUUUCCAUUCUACUUGAACCCGGACGCACCCAAGCAAAGUCGAGACAAGCAAACCAUCUACGUCGAAAAGUUUGGCGAGCAGAGAGUAAAAAUGAUGCAAGCCCGUCUCUCAGAAAUCGGUCACGAAUUGGGAAUCAACUUUGCUUAUGGCGGCAAGUCUGGCAAUACCAGAGAUUCGCAUAGAGUGGUGCAAUUGGCAAAGACAAAGGGAGAGGAGACGCAGACGAGGGUUAUGGAGAAGCUGUUUAAUGCUUACUUUGAGUUGAACGAGGAUAUCACCGAUCAUGCUGUUUUGACAAAGGCUGCUGUUGGUGGUGGUCUUGAAGAGAAGGAGGUCAAGGAGUGGUUGGAGAGCGACAAGGGUGGUCCUGAGGUUGACCGUGAGGUCGCUGCCGCUCAGAGGAGGUUCAUCUCUGAAGAACCUGCCACUUUCCUGCAGAUCUUCAACGAGAUCAAGAAGCGUGAGGGAGCAAAUGCAUCAGCUACCACUCAGGUGUCAUCCGGUAAUACCUGCUAG